ACUUUAUGGCUCCCGCGCGUAUUUAGAGGAGCAACCGGUAAAUUCAAAUCAGUUGCUUGUUUUGUGGCCUUGCAGCACAUAACGUUUUUGCCCCUGAAGUUUGGUUCUUGCAUCUCGCGUCACUGUCCGUGUCGAUCCUGUGCCAAGGGACUCUCUUACCAUGCCAGCCAAGAACUGGUCCCUCAAGGACUUUGAGAUAGGUCGGCCGCUCGGGAAGGGCAAGUUCGGCAAUGUGUACCUUGCACGUGAAAAGACUACGAAGUAUAUUGUAGCACUUAAGGUCAUGUUCAAGUCUCAGCUCCAGAAGAACGGUGUGGAGCAUCAACUCCGACGAGAAAUUGAGAUCCAGUCUCAUCUCAGGCAUCCCAACAUCUUGUGCCUGUUUAACUGGUUCCACGAUGAGACGAGAGUCUACCUGAUCCUGGAGUAUGCACCCCAGGGGGAACUCUACCGCCAGCUCACCUCAGCCAAAAGGUUCAGUGACAAGAGGGCUGCCACGUACAUCUACCAGCUCUGCAAUGCACUGAAGGUUUGCCAUAGACAAAAGGUCAUCCAUCGUGACAUCAAGCCAGAGAACCUUCUUGUUGGUUUCAGCGGCGAGAUCAAGAUUGCAGACUUCGGCUGGUCCGUGCAUGCGCCUUCUUCCAGGCGGGCCACUAUGUGUGGGACACUCGACUAUCUGCCGCCGGAGAUGAUUGAGGGCGCCGUCUAUGAUGAGAAAGUCGACCACUGGGCUCUCGGCAUCCUCAUCUACGAGUUCCUGGUUGGAAAGCCGCCCUUUGAGUCUCCCACAACCCAGGAUACCUACCGGCGCAUCCGCGAGGCCAAGGUGCUGUACCCUCCGUUUGUGAGCGCCGAUGCACGGGACCUGAUCGGCAAGCUUGUGAGGAGACGACCUGCUGAGCGCAUUUCCCUGGACGAAGUCAAGGCCCACCCUUGGGUUGUGAACAAUGCAGACACUACCAUACAAUGCCGCACCUUGUAAUGGAGUGAGUGGGAGCUCGUACGGCUGAUGUAUAUAGUAUGUACAGUUGCAUUGAGUGCCUUGUCUGGGACUUUUGGAUGCUGUGUUCGCAGGCGCGCUCUUCUAGAGCGUCUAGCGUGCAGUGUCGUCCUCGAGUUGUCAGUUUGGCAACUCGUUCCUCGCCUAUGUAGCUAACCUCAAAGCUUGGAGCACCGUAAAGAUUUUAAACAUGAGACGCACCACUCUUUUUAGCAUACAUGGCAUUUCGGCCUCCUUUUUGUCAUUUUAGCCUACAUUGACCUUGUGUGAUCUGCACAAGCAUUAUGUAAACUGUCUCUUAAAUGACGCUACAACGUGUAAUAAACAUUCUCUUUGAGUUUGUACA